AAACUUCAGUUAAGUCCCUAACGGAGCUCCAAGCCUCCAAUACCUCGUCCGGUCGUCACUCUGAUCAGGAGAAAUGGCGUUCUUUGCCGAUGUAAAAGUGAGGACCUUCUGGGCUCUGUGCCUUCUUCUGUUUGUACCAGGCAGAGUGCUCUGCUAUCUAUUCAGAGUGGGGGAUCUAGAUGCAUGGGGAGUACCAGCUCCUGUGACACCAAAGAUCUACGAUGAUUGGUCGCAGAAUAACAAGUUCCGUAUUGGUGACUCUCUCCUGUUUCUGUACCCACCAAGCGAGGAAUCUCUGGUCCAAGUAACAGAAGAUGCAUUUAAAUCAUGCAACAUCUCUAAUCCGAUCGCAUAUUUCAACGAUGGCAACACGCUCUUCAACAUCACUGGCCCUGGUACGUUCUACUUCACCAGUGGGGUGGGUGGUCACUGCCUCAGAUUGCAGAAGCUUGCUGUGUUUGUUCCUUCAAAUGGGACGUCUAAUCAACCUUCUUCUGCUCCAUCGUCCCUGCCUGGAAGUUCAUCAUCUUCUUAUCCCACGGUCUUCGGUCCAACUGCGUCGGCGCGGUCAUCGGCGCCGGCCAUGAGCGUUGCCUCUGUUUACUCCUCCAUGGCUUAUCUUGUCUUCUCUUUCUUGCUCUUGAUCUACAUAUAAUCAACAUUCUUGAUUGGGAUGUAGAUCUACAUUUUGUGGGCAGUGGAGAACUCGUUAGGUCCGUAUGCAGCUCCGUUGUUCAUGCUAUGACAAGAUCUCCUGUAACUGAAAAAUUUUUGGAAGUGGAAUUCUUUAGUAUAAGAAAUCAAACUGAGAACGAGGAAAUGAAACUGGUGGAGCUCAAUAUUUGGUUUUCCGGCACCAUUUAAGUUUUAACGGGUUAUCUAAGGUAAA